GGCAACAGAGGAGAUCAGUCGGUCCAGCACCCAGCAGCAUCAUGGCUCCUAUCGGAUUAAAGGCGGUGGUCGGAGAAAAGAUUAUGAACGAUGUAAUCAAAAAGGUGAAGAAGAAGUCAGAAUGGAAGGCGCUGAUUGUGGACCAGCUGAGCAUGAGGAUGUUGUCGUCCUGCUGCAAGAUGACGGACAUCAUGACGGAGGGCAUCACCAUUGUGGAGGACAUCAACAAGCGACGAGAGCCUCUCCCCAGCCUGGAGGCCAUCUACCUGAUUACACCCACAGAGAAGUCUGUCCACACCCUCAUCGGAGACUUCAAAGACCCUCAUUCAGCCAAAUACAAGGCAGCCCAUGUUUUCUUCACUGACUCCUGCCCUGAUCCUCUCUUCAACGAGCUGGUGAAGAGCCGCGCUUCCAAAACCAUAAAGACUCUGACGGAGAUCAACAUCGCCUUCUUGCCCUACGAGUCUCAGGUGUACUCUUUGGACAAUCCAGAUGCCUUCCACAGUUUCUACAGCCCCCACAAGACCCAGCUGAAGAACCCGGUGAUGGAGAGGCUGGCCGAGCAGCUGGCGACGCUCUGCGCCACCCUGAAAGAGUAUCCUGCCGUCAGAUACCGAGGAGAGUACAAGGACAAUGCCACCCUGGCCCAGCUGGUUCAGGACAAACUGGACGCCUACAAGGCCGAUGAUCCCACCAUGGGAGAGGGUCCAGAUAAGGCUCGCUCACAGCUGAUCAUCCUGGACAGGGCGUUUGACCCGGUGUCACCUGUGCUGCACGAGCUCACCUUCCAGGCCAUGGGCUACGACCUGCUGCCCAUCGAGAACGACGUCUACAAGUAUGAGACCAGCGGCAUCGGAGACUCUCGUGAGAAGGAGGUUCUCCUGCAUGAAGACGAUGACCUGUGGGUGAGCCUGAGACACAAACACAUAGCCGAGGUGUCCCAGGAGGUGACACGCCAGCUGAAGGACUUUUCUUCCAGCAAGAGGAUGAACACCGGAGAGAAGACCACAAUGAGGGACCUGUCCCAGAUGCUGAAGAAGAUGCCUCAGUACCAGAAGGAGCUCAGCAAGUACUCCACUCACCUGCAGCUGGCUGAGGACUGUAUGAAGCAUUACCAGGGAACAGUGGACAAGCUGUGCCGCGUGGAACAGGAUUUGGCUAUGGGCACAGACGCCGAGGGAGAGAAGAUCAAAGACCCCAUGAGGGCCAUCGUGCCCAUCCUGCUGGAUGCCAACGUCAGCACAUACGACAAGAUCCGCAUCAUCCUGCUUUACAUUUUCCUCAAGAACGGCAUCACGGAGGAGAACCUGAACAAGCUGAUCCAACACGCUCAGAUUCCACCUGAGGACAGUGAGAUCAUCACCAACAUGGCUCACCUGGGCGUCCCCAUCAUCACAGACUCGACCCUCCGCAGAGGGAAGAAGCUGGACAGGAAGGAGCGUGUGAGCGAGCAGACCUACCAGCUGUCCCGCUGGACACCACUGGUCAAGGACAUCAUGGAGGAUGCUAUUGAUGACAAGCUGGACACCAAGCACUACCCCUACAUCUCCACCCGCUCCUCUGCCUCCUUCAGCACCACUGCAGUCAGUGCUCGGUACGGACACUGGCACAAGAACAAGACACCUGGAGAGUACCGCACCGGGCCUCGCGUCAUGGUCUUCAUCAUCGGCGGCGCGUCCUUCAGCGAGAUGCGCUGCGCCUAUGAAGUCACGCAGGCCAAUGGGAAGUGGGAGGCCGUCAUCGGUUCCACCCACAUGCUCACCCCCACCAAAUUCUUAUCGGACCUGCAGCACCCCGACUUCCGAGAGUCCACUAGGGUGUCCUUUGAGGACGCAGACCCCUCAGCCGAGUGAGGCAGAGACAGAUUGGGAGGGAGGGAGAGAGAAAUCACACAGAAAAAAGAUCGACCCACAUCUUCACUCCCACCAGCCUGCUGGAGCAGCUCAAGGCCAUGAACAAACCAGACG